ACAGGUGUGCUCAAGAGGUUGCAGCCCAGGCCACCUGGCGGCUCCAGGUGCUGUGUGUGCGCUGCCAUGGAGACGGGCCCCGGGGUUGGUGGCGAGAAGGCAGCCUCCCAAAGCUUUUCGGAGAGGGAGAUUCAGGGAAGGGAGAGCCUGGAGCCUCGGGCCCUUCAGGGUGGUCUGCUGACCGCUCUAGGGCCAACUGAAGCCCAGGACAUCUCCUGCCAGGCCUCCUGGCAUCUGGCCUGAGGAUGGCUGAGCAGCAGGGCCGGGAGCCCGAGUGCCCCGUCUGCUGGAACCCCUUCAACAACACAUUCCACACCCCGAAAGUGCUGGACUGCUGCCACUCCUUCUGCGUGGAAUGCCUGGCCCACCUCAGCCUGGUGACUCCAGCCCAGCGCCAGCUGCUGUGCCCACUCUGUCGCCAGCCCACUGUGCUGGCCUCUGGGCAGCCUGUCACUGACUUGCCCACUGAUACGGCCAUGCUCACCCUGCUCCGCCUGGAGCCCCAUCACAUCAUCCUGGAAGGUCAUCAGCUCUGUCUCAAGGACCAGCCCAAGAGCCGCUACUUCCUGCGCCAGCCCCGAGUCUACACGCUGGACCUAGGCCCCCAGCUCGGGAGCCAGACUGAGGCCCCACAGGCCACGGCCUCUACCACCACGCCCCUGCCCGUUCCCCUCUCCAGCCACUACUCUCUGAGGGAGUGUCUCCAGAACCCUCAGUUCCGCAUCUUUGCCUACCUGAUGGCUGUCAUCCUCAGCGUCACUCUGUUGCUCAUCUUCUCCAUCUUCUGGACCAAGCAGUUCCUUUGGAGUGUGGGGUGAGCAUCCGUUCCUGACAAGGAACCAAGCCUCUCCCAGCGGCUGCUGGUUACAGGGACUGCAGAGCCGCGUGUGUGGGUGUCUUCCCGUGUAGUGUUGUUUCUUUGUACAAUCCACGGACCAGUUAGACAUGUGCUUGCUUCUGGGAACAGCGUCCUACUGUGUGAGAACCUCUGAAAGUUGAAGGGCUGGGGAAGGGUGUGAGACCACCUCUGGGUGGGAGCCGUGGGGUCUGUGGGAGGGGGACAACUGCUGUCCCUAGAAACCUUUCCAGCCCAGAGAGCAAGCUGCACGUCUCACUGGAGCUGCUUUGAACUCGUUCACUUUUUUUUUUUAACUGAGUUCUUCUUAUUGGAUUGCUAAAAAAUUGGGAAAAUGAACUUCAAUUCUGUGAGCAAAUGUGUCUCCUCCUGGCAGUUUUCUCUUUAUCUUGCCACCGUCCCAGUAAAAAUGGUCUGUAUUUACUCA